GCUUGACAAUGGGCUCUCCAAAACCAAGUAACUCAGGUAGCCCGUAUAUAAGGCCUGAAGGCGAUCACGCUAGACAUCGCUGGGAGGAGGACAAUUUGAAAUUGAGCAACGCUCAUGGCAAUCUGGCCACGUCAUUUGAUCGAAGUGAACUUACUGCUCGAUUAAGCUCAUCGCCGGCCAGAAGUAUAGGACAUAACUCAAAUCGUCCGGAACUCGAACGCCAGUCUCGGAGCUCAACACCUGUUAAGCACCAUGACACGCAUGGUGAUCUUCCUGACGAAGAAAUCGCCAAGGUUGUAAAAAUGCAUCUUGCUACAGGAUCGCCUGCUUCCUCGUAUGGAACGUCUCCUCACAGUUAUGUAGUAGAAUCGGACGAUGCUCGUAGCUUCCAUCAGCUACCAGGGGGGGCUAUAACUCAUGGUAUAUACAAAUAUGUUGAGAAUGUUGAGCAGGAGGAAGCUAGGAGAAAGCGAUCCCAGUCCUUUUCCUUGCCUAGGGGUGAACCGUCAGACCCGGCGCUGUUGAAAUUAAGAGCCCCAGGAGGUUUUAGAAGACAUUACGUGUACAAACAAGCUAUCAUCAAAGGACAGAACCCUCCAGGAUGGAUGACUAGUAGUUUUGUUGACUUCUUGGCACUAUAUGGACAUUUCGGUGGUGAGGAUUUGGAAGACGAUGAAGGCGAUGAGGAUAUACUGGCUCGCAUCGACGAAGAAGCUCCUCUACUGCCUGGCCGAGAGCUAGAACCCGUCCAAGGCACUGCCACGCCAUCCAAAGCAGUCUUUUUGAUUCUCAAGUCCUUUAUCGGCACAGGUGUUAUGUUUCUACCAAAGGCUUUCUCAAAUGGUGGUUUGUUGUUCUCAACAUCCGUCAUGCUAUUGAUUGCUGGAUUGUCUCUGUGGUCGUUCUUGCUGUUGAUUCAAACAAGGAACAAAGUUCCUGUGUCCUUUGGUGAUAUGGGUGGUGUGCUCUUUGGUCCGGCCAUGCGGUUGUUUGUUUUGUUUUCUAUUGCCGUCUCGCAAGUUGGAUUUGUUUGCGCUUAUAUGGUUUUUGUGGCCCAGAACAUUCAUGCAUUCAUCAUGUCGGUCUCGAAUUGCAAGACUGAUAUCAGCUUACAUUGGCUCAUCUUCGCACAGCUGUUCAUAUUUGUUCCAUUGGCUAUGAUAAGAAAGAUUCAAAAGUUAUCCGUGUUCGCGCUGAUCGCCGAUUUAUUCAUUCUGAUUGGUCUAUCUUAUCUUUACUACUACGACACCUUUGUCCUCGUUACCAGGGGCCUAGGAAACAUCGAAUGGAUCAUCAACGCUAACUCAUUCCCAUUGUUCGUCGGUACCGCUGUAUUUACUUUUGAAGGCAUUGGUUUAGUUAUUCCCAUUGCUGAGUCCAUGAAGGAACCAGAGAAGUUCCCCAAGGUGCUCACAGGAAGCAUGAUUUUCAUGACUGUUCUGUUCACAUCUGUUGGUGUUGUUUCUUACCUGGCAUUCGGUGAUAAAGUGGAGACUGUCAUUCUUCUCAAUCUUCCCGCUCACAGUGCCGUGGUCAACUCGGUACAGCUACUCUAUGCCAUGGCCAUUUGCUUAUCUAUUCCCCUGCAGCUGUUCCCUGCCAUUCGCAUUAUGGAGAAUGGCUUGUUCACUUUGUCAGGUAAAACAAACAUGAAAGUGAAGUGGCAAAAGAACAUGUUCCGGUUCGGUAUGGUUGUAGUCUGUGCCAUCAUUGCCAUUGGCGGCUCCAACGACCUUGACAAAUUCGUGUCUAUCAUUGGUUCAGCGUGCUGUAUACCCCUUGGCUUCUUGUUCCCUCCUCUAUUCCAUAUGAAGGCAAUCGCUGUUAACUGGCGUCAGAGAGCAGGCGAUAUCUUCCUUAUUGUAUUUGGCAUGUCAUCCAUGAUCUAUACCUCGGCUAUCACAAUCUCAUUGUGGACCUCAGGAGGUUCUUCAGAGCCCAGUAUGCGCUGCAUUCCUGUAGAUUAGUUUUGUAGCUCAAAGACUUUCUGUUUUGAAUUCUUGCUCUCUUUUUUUUCUUUCUUUCUAUCAUACA